GUGUGUGCACAAGGUGUAAGAGAAGGUGUGAUGGUGCGUAGUGAGGAAGGUGACGUAGCAUGAGGAGGAGAGAGUGAGUGGAACGCAAGCGCGCGAUCAAGAGGAUCGGCCGUUCGCAGGAGGCCUGAUAAGAAUGGGCCCCUUCAAUAUGGCCGGCGUAGCCCUCUUCCUCGCUACCUGCGCUACCUACAUUCUGCUCCAGCUGCGAGGGACCCACGCGGAACAAGUUGUUCUCUUGGACACGACGACGGAGGCGAGCCUGGACUGGACCCGCUACCCUUAUGGACCUCAGGCCAGCACCCCUGGCUGGGUUGAGGAGUCCUUUACGAACUUCGACAAAGGAAUCAAUUGGCGAAGCUACGUGGUCUGUGACGUGGCCUACAAUAACGUUAAUAACUGGCUCUGGACUCCAUUCAUAGAGCGAGGUCCGGCCAAUCGAAUGUACAUCGAAAUGAAAUUCACAACGCGCGACUGUUCUCUCUUUCCGGGAAACGCUCUCAGCUGCAAAGAGACUUUCAGCCUUCUGUAUUACGAGUUCGAUGCCGCGACAAAGGAACCGCCACCCUGGGAACCUGACAGUUACAAGCUGAUCGGUCGUAUAGCAGCCGGCGAUGGCCGCUUCAAUACGAACACUGAGGUCAUCAUAAAUACGGAAGUGAAGUCGAUCCCCGUUACGAAGAAGGGUGUCUAUUUUGCAUUUCGCGACCAGGGUGCGUGCAUUUCGAUCCUCGCUAUCAAGGUCUACUACAUCAGCUGUCCGGAAGUCUCGGUGAACUUUGCCCACUUCCCGGCGACGCCGACGGGUCGCGAGGUCGCCCUGAUCGAGCAGAGAAUCGGCACCUGCGUCGCGAAUGCAGUCAAGAUCGAGCAGCCGACUUUCCUCUGCAAGGGCGAUGGAAAGUGGUACCUGCCGUCGGGCGGCUGCCACUGUAAACCUGGCUACCAAGCAGACGUCGAGAAGCAGGAGUGCCUCGAGUGCCCGAUGGGUAACUUCAAGCACGAGGCUGGAUCGCACGCGUGCGAGUCCUGCCCGGCGCACAGCACUGCGCCUGGAUCACGAUUCACUGAGUGUCGAUGUGACCCGGAAUACUACAGGGCCGAAAAGGAUCCGAAAAACAUGUCGUGCACACAACCGCCAUCGGCUCCGCAGAAUCUUACGGUGAACUUUGUCGAUCAGUCGACGGUCAUCUUGUCCUGGAACGCGCCGCAAGUACAGGGUGGCAGAACAGACACGAUGUACAGGGUAGUCUGCGACUCUUGUGGAAUUGGCGUCAAGUACAUUCCACACGCGGUAAUUUUCAACGACACGAAAAUUAGGAUAACAGGCCUGAACGCCGUGACGACGUAUCGCUUCCAAGUGUUCGCCGAGAACGGAGUGUCGUCGUUGGCAGCGCGUUCCGAGUACGUUGACAUCACCGUGACCACGGAGGCCAGUGUUCCCAGUCUGGUGAGCAACGUCAGGAUCACCAGUGUCAAGAGUUCCGAACUGAGUAUUAGCUGGGAUGCACCGGUCACGGAAGUCGACAGUGAAAAUGAUCUGGUAGAGGGUUACGAAGUGAGAUGCUACCCGCGAUUCGAUGAUGCGACGAACGGCACCGUUAUGCAGACGACAGCACUUUCAGCCACGUUCAAGUCCCUCAAACCGUCAACGGACUACGCCAUCCAAGUGCGAGCGAAGACGACUCGAGGUUGGGGCGAAUACACCCCAGUCAUCUAUAAGAAGACACCGCACGCCAUGGGGCUGGAUUACGUGGGCAAUGACGAUAACAUGCAGGUUCGGAUCAUCGCAGGGGCGAUUGUCGCUGUCGUUGUGCUUCUCGUAAUCAUCAUCGUGAUGACGGUACUUUUUCUAAAAAGCAGGGCCUCGGACGAGUGCAACAAGAAGCAACCGAGCGACUGCGACACCCUGGAGUACAGAAACGGCGAAGGACUAGUUGUGACGUACAUGCACUGCAAAAUGGACAGUUCACCGAUUGUGACAACCCACACCAACAACAAGAACAAGUCCUCGCUGACGACGCCGCUGUUCACGCCUGCAGUGGGAGUGGCUGCAGCAGGUGCAGGCGGCGGCGCCGGCGCCGGAGGAACAGGCGCCAGGAGUUACGUCGAUCCGCACACUUACGAGGAUCCGAAUCAGGCGGUGCGAGAAUUCGCACGUGAGAUCGACGCCGGCUACAUUACAAUAGAGGCUAUAAUAGGCGGCGGAGAAUUUGGCGACGUGUGCCGAGGUAAGCUCAAAUUACCACCGGAUGGACGUUCAGAGAUAGACGUGGCGAUUAAGACCCUGAAGCCGGGUUCAGCGGACAAGGCCCGCAACGACUUCCUCACGGAGGCCUCGAUAAUGGGCCAGUUCGAGCAUCCCAAUGUGAUAUUCCUCCAAGGUGUCGUAACCAAGAGUAACCCCGUUAUGAUAAUUACCGAAUUUAUGGAGAACGGAAGCCUCGACACUUUCCUGCGGGCCAAUGACGGCAAGUUCCAAGUGCUUCAGCUAGUCGGGAUGCUUCGUGGCAUCGCUAGCGGGAUGCAGUAUCUCGCCGAGAUGAAUUACGUGCACCGUGAUCUGGCUGCACGUAACGUCCUCGUGAACGCUGCCCUCGUGUGCAAGAUCGCGGACUUUGGUCUCAGCCGAGAGAUCGAGAGUGCAACCGAGGGUGCUUACACGACCAGGGGUGGUAAAAUCCCGGUACGAUGGACCGCGCCGGAAGCGAUAGCCUUUCGGAAGUUCACGAGUGCCUCGGAUGUCUGGAGCAUGGGCAUAGUCUGCUGGGAAGUGAUGUCGUACGGCGAGCGACCAUAUUGGAAUUGGUCGAAUCAGGACGUUAUAAAGUCAAUUGAAAAAGGCUAUCGACUUCCGGCACCAAUGGAUUGUCCAGAGGCGAUCUACCAGCUGAUGCUCGACUGCUGGCAGAAAGAGCGCACGCACCGGCCCACUUUUGCCAACCUGACACAGACCCUCGACAAGCUCAUUCGCAGCCCAGACACCCUGAGGAAGAUUGCACAAAACAGAAUCAGAGAAAGGGGUGCACCGCCCCCACCCCCACCCGCCACGUCAGCGUCCAACGUGCAUUUGAGAAAAAGGGGUACGAAUCCAUUGGCGCCGGACGCAGUGGACCUCACGCAACUGACUUCGGUCAGCGAGUGGCUGGCCUCGAUCAAGAUGUCCAGAUACACGGAGAGCUUCGAGAGGGCAGGCGUCACGACCCUUGAAGCAGCAGCGCGCGUCACGGUCCAGGAACUGACGGCCCUGGGCAUCACUCUGGUCGGCCACCAGAAGAAAAUCAUGAACAGCGUGACGGCGCUGCGUGCGCAAAUGUCCGCCACGUCUCAGGGCUUCCUCGUAUGAGGAUCCACCUCCAGGACUGGACAGAGCCAUAUAAAACUAGGAAUAUCGGAAGGCUAGGAAGUACCGAACCGUCGCAAGAAAACAUUCCAGAGGGAAGUGAACGCGAGAUGGGCGGGGGAGGGACCGAUGGAGACGAAGAAACUCGAGAGGACAGAUGCAGCAUCCCUGAACGGCCUAACGACGAGGGGUCAAUAGGUUGCGCGACGACUCACCUCGUCCCUUCACCGACAGGCACCACGACAACUGCAACGAACAAUAUUAGUAAUAUUGUGAUAUUCAAAAUGACGUCUACGAUCGUCCUGAUACUGAUGCUCCUGGUGGAAGAAGCCAUACACUUGCUCAACGAUACAUCUCAAUCUUUUACUAGCCACGGGAUAGAGAGAGAGAGAGAGAGAGAGAGAGAGAGAGAGAGAGAGAGAGCACACGGAGUAGGUGAAGAGGCGAAGGGGAAUGAGUGUGCGUGUAUACCUGCGUGAGCGUAUGUGCGUGUAAGGAGAUAAGGGAGUGAGAGGGAGGGAGGUUAAGGUAAAAUGAUGAAAAAGAACAAGAUAUGUAAGGACCGCAUUUAUACAUAACGGAUGGAUGGCGCGUAUAGGUAUAUGUCGAGUGGUGAAUUCCCGUCUCACGGGAGGCACGUGGGACAUUUAGAGAACUAAAGAGGAUCAUGUGCCAAUGCGAGAAAUUAUUGGAUGCUUCGCUCGAGCUUUUGAACCUGCUGAGGCUCCGCUCUGAGGGAAGCAACGCAAUAUGCAAAAUGAAAUUUGGCAAAGAAUUGGACUGUCUCGAAAUAUGCUGCUACAGGCUGGGGUUGCGCCAAAGGCUUUCGCUAAAUGCUAUAUACGUGCGCAUGUUGAUCGUGACUAUCAAGUCUAUAUACAUAUAUAAAUUAAUAAAUAUGUAUAUAUAGAUAAAUAAUGGAUGACUCAAUCGGCAAGAAGAAUCGAUAAGGAGUUACGGUCAGGGAGUAGAGGGAGGUCUAGAUGGAAAUUGAAAGGAUCUUAAAACGACGAGCAGUUUAGUAAUAAAAAAUAUGGCGAAGGCGUAAUUCAAUGAAAAGAUGCAAAAAUGAAUAAGAAAAAAAAAGCGUUUCUCCGCGACACCAACAUAUCAGCAGGCAUGUUAAAAAAAUGAACGAAUGCUCACGUGAUUUGGAAGAAUAUGCAGUCUCGUGGUCGACUUGAGCAUCAAAGGGUUAGCUUGAGGUAUAAAUAUUAAUAUUAAAACAUAAUAAAAGGGCAACAAAGAAAAAAAGGAUAAAUACAUGGCACAGGAUCUCGCAUCACGUUCGACCGUGCGAAUCCCGCGUUGCGUGGGAAACGACGAAUGGUAGAGACAAGAUGGAAAGAGGAAAAACACAUGUGUGAUAAAAUGACACAUGCACAUACGUACGCGUACAUAAUAACACGUUAGCAAUUACUUUUCUACAGAAUUCAUUAACGACUCUAUUCAUUACACGAUAAAGCUACGUCCAUUCCGAUAUACCUUAAUUGUAAUAGGAAGAAUUUUUGUAGAAUGCGCCUGAGGAAAGAUGAAAAAUUGUUUAACGGAGAUGAAAGGACAAAAGGAGAAAAAGAAAGUUGAUGUAAUGGGUGAUGAAUUUGCACCAAUCUAAAGACUGUUUCCCUCAUUGUCAGAUAUGUAUUUCCGAGAGACCUCAGAGAGGAAGCAACACUCGUCGCAGCUAUUAACGCGUAGAGAAGGAAUGAAAAAUUGCCCUAGGGAUGCGUGCAAGAGCAGCACGUAUGUACCUUUGUCCGGCUUUCAGCCUUUCUUCUCGAAUUGCAACAAUUUAUGCUAGUAAUAGAUUAUUGAGAUGAGGGAGAGAGUAUUAAAUCGAGAAACGAAAGGAGGUAGAGCGGGCGAGAGUAUAAGAGAGUAUAUAAGAGAGAAAGUUAGAAUGCGAGAGAGAGAGAGAGAGAGAGAGAGAGAGAGAGAAAAAGAUUAAAAAGGUAGAGAAAGAGGGAGAAAAAGUGAAAAGAUAAAGAGGCCGAAAUGGGCCUGCCGAUUGGGCCUCUUAGGGAAAGCAAGGAAUUAUAAAGAACCUAAGGAAGAAAACGCUAACAGGAAAUGGCGACGAUUAAGAAGCAAUAAGUGAAUACACGCAAAUGCAGAUUUUUAUAUAGAGAAUGUUAAAAAAUUUCAGAAGAUAUUAAUUAUCAAUAGCGCUAUCUUCCUAAAUGUUCGUAUUAAAAGAUUAAAAAAGAAAUCGAUAAGAAUACAAAGUAAGAAGGAAGCUCAGCCUCCUGGAUCCCUUCGCCAGACAACGCCGUCAACGUUCAUCUUUCAUUCCUCGUGUCACCCUCGUCCUCAGAGAUGAUAUACUCACUCCCUGUCAUCAUCAUCGAUCCAGCAAAGUAUACUCGCGACGUAAAUGGCGAAGGAAUGCGCAGGAAGUUGAGGAAAGUUUUAUGAAUUUUGAGCUGUAUCUAUAUGUGUGUCUAGCGGCAACAGGCGAGAAAGUAACAAGGUGUGCGUGGAUGUGCGUGGAUGUGCGUGAAUGUGCGUGGAUGGGCGUGGAUAGGCGUGUGUUCGUGAAUAGACAAAAAUGUAGUAAAGGAAAGAAAAUUUGGUGAAUGCGAUUAAAAGUUUUGAACAAGUGACCGAGUCAAAGUUAAGAGUCUUCCUUUUGGUCUCCAUGUGACGUCGCGAUAUAAUUAUCCUUUUGUUUCCGCAUUCCGAGAAAACCGAGACUCGACAGUGCGUGCGAAUGAGUGCGUAAGCUUGUGGGAAUGCCUGGGAAAUUGAGAGCAACGGGGAAGAUUGCAGGAUGUUGACGUUUCAAAAUUUUCGAUUGCAUUCCGUGGCAGAUAUUUUGGGUAUCUCGUGUGCGCCUGCUGAGUCUGUUAGCGCAAAACCGAAGCGGGAAGACAAAGUAAAGGACACGUGUGAGAAGGGAGACGAGGAGAUUGACAGGAAAAGUGUAGCCCAAACGAACGGAUGCGUGAAAGAAAAAAGAAGCAAAAGUGUAAGGCUGAAAGGGUCAAAGAGCAGAGGAGGAUAUUAAGAAAAACAAUCAAAAGUCUGAAAUUCGUGCGCCUAUCCUGAUCGAUGAACUUUGAUGAAUGAUUGAGAAGGGGUGCAACCGGGGGCGAGGGGAGGGGGGAGGGGGGUUAAGGAUGGAACGAGCAAAGGAGGAAGUCCGUAGAAGAACGAGAUCGUUCGAUGCCACAGACCUUUUUUUAAUACUUAAUUCCUUAACGAUUUACGCCUCUGUACUACUAUUUAUUAAAUGAAAAACUUAUUUAUUCUUUAUAGAUCUGACUAAAUUAAUAAUCUUUUAGUUAUCAUAUGUAAGUUAUCUAUUUACUGUUAUAUGCGAGGACGCACUUUUUUUAGAAGCUUCGUCGCCUCGCUUUCGUUCUUCUACUUUCGAAACGGUAGAAUAAUAAAUAAAGGGUAGGAUUUUCGGAAAAUCUUCCCCUGUGUAAAAGUCGAGCGAUCUUAGGGUGAUGAAUAACGUAUAGCGAGGGCAACGACUCGAUGACGUGCUCGAGUCGAUAAAUCAGCAGCUCCAUCAGCAAUUAGUUAAAUGUUAAUAGGUCUAAGCGAAAGAAAAGCACCUAAAGUAGGCAGCCGACUUUUGGAAAUGCCGGAAGAAAUGAAUAAAGGAAGAAAGAAAGUUCUGAAAAGAACCAAAAUGGGAAGCACACGUCGGAGCGCGAUCGAAGCCAUGCAAAGGGAGAAAGAAGGAAAGAAAGAAAGUAUGCGUGAACGUGAAUGCGAGAGAGAAUGAGACAAACUGUCGACAAAUUUUGGAAUGUCUCUAAAACAUUUUUCCUAUGGUGUUGUCAAGAAGAUGUUGAAUGUACAUAAGAUAUAAUAAAUAACAUACCUUAUACGAUGUAAAAAA